AUGAACAAACUCAUAGCAAUAACAAUAGCAAUAGUACUCAACGCCAUGCUCGCUGAAUGCUUCCUAGACGCCAUUACAGACAAAGUCUCCUCGGUGGCCAAAAAGACACGGGAUGCAGGAAUGAAGGUGGGAAAGGCCACGCCAGCUGGACAGGUUGGGGAGGCCGCGAUUGAUGCAGCAGAGGGCGUAGCCUCAGACGACAAAAAGGGCGCAGAAAAAGAGAAAGCCGCGCCCAAAAAGGACAAAACGCCAGAAGAUGAGGCUGAUGCCAAAAAGAAAGAGGGCGGCGCAGCCGGUGAGAAGGCCAAAGAAGCAAAGGAUGCCGAAGCGAAAGACGGCAAGGCUGCCCCAAAGAAAGAAGACCCGAAAAAGAAGGAAGACCCGAAAAAGAAAGAAAGCCCGAAAAAGCCUGUUUCUGCGAUAGAUUCAUAA